UGGUAACGGCAGUGAGUGGAGCAGCGGGAGGAGACGCGCGCCGCCGCCGGUUGUCUCGUUAAACCUCAGAACUCACGUAAUAACCACCGUUAAAAAGCGGCACGUUAACCGAGUGUAUGAUGUCACGUGGUCGUUACGUCGAGUUCGUGUGAUGAUGACUCAGCAGAGACGGCGCCAUGACAGUCCGCUUCAAGGGUCGGAGUGAAUACCAGAGGAGCUUCGGCGUCUCCCGCUCCAGGAGCGCGUCUCCUCAUCGCUGCCACCCAGUGGCCGGCCUACGCUCCGACCAGAACUGCAUCAGCAGAGAACCGGGUCUGCAGCGCCGCAGGAAGCUCAACCUUCACGGCCUCACUCGCUCCUGCUCGUCUCUGCUCGGUCCGUCACAGCUACAGCGCCCCCUACUUGAGCCGACCGACGCUGCUCACAGAAAUGGGCCCUCGGCGCCGCGUGACGACGACAAGCCCUCGAACAGACACUCCACUUCCCUCCAAACUGCUCCUCCUGCUCCUCCUGCACCUCCUGCUGAACCCGAGGCUCCCGUACAGCUGGAGACUCCCGCGGGACCGAGACCCACUAUGGAAGCAGAACCAGGAUCAGCUGGAAAAUCAGCUAAGCCCCGCCCCACUCAGCCUGACCGCCAAUCACAGCCCGGCCGCCCUCUGACAUCAGCAGCACCUGACGAACAGCGGCCGUCGGCCAGUCAGGAGGAGCGUGCUCUGCGGUGGAGGGCGGGGCUUAGGUCUGCAGGUCAGAGGUCAGAGUACCACAGGCAGUACAGCUCAAAGAAACCUGUGACCUCAGCUUCACCUUUACUGAGUGCAGAGAAGGUGAUGUACUCCAGCAGCAGGGCUGUCCCGCCCUUUAAGAAAAGCACAGUUCCCAUGGAGACCGAGUAUCGGCGCAGCUUCCAGGGCGUGGCCCCUCCCACUGGGCCCCGCCUCCGGAAACAUCUGGAAUAUCAGCGAAUCCCAUUGUUUCACACGUACAUGAUCAAUAAAAAGAGGAGGGAGGAGUCUCAUAAGAAGCACCGCCCUGCAGAUGAUGUCACGUCCCCUCCUCUUCAGGUGCAGAGACGACGCAGGAAGUUGACAGAGUAUCAGUCCAGCUUUCACUCUCCUCCAGACAGAACACCAGAGAAAGGCGGAGCCACGGACGGCCACACCCCUCAGGUGACGGCGCUGCGUCGGCAGGCCUCGUCGUAUCGCUGCCGCGCCUGGGGCGCCAACUUCUCCAGAGGUCACCUGGGUCAACUGAGGUCGCAGCAAAAUGCUCUGUGGGAGCCGGAGGACGCCACCGACUCUGACCCGACCUCUCCUCGUCUGACCUUUGACCUCUCCCAGGAACCAGACAGCCACAGUUUGCCCUGUGUGGAGGCACUGGACCUGCACAGUGGCUCCAGUAAGAGGUCGUCUGUCGCAGGCUCAGGAGAAAUAAACAACAACACAAACAAAAACAUGCAAACAAAAGCACAAACACCUGUGAGUCCUCCAGCAGAACGACACACGGCGUGGGAGGAAGAAGAAGAAGAAGAAGAAGAAGAUACAGACGAGGAGGAGGGAAGAUUACCAACACCCGCGCUGAAGAUGAGACCAGUUCAGAGAACUCACCAUGACCUCACCACACCAACCACAGCAGGAGGCGCCAUACUCGUGGGAAAACAGAGGUGUGGAUCAGCCGUUUCCAUGGCAACAUGGCCGGACCCCGCAGUCAGGAAGAUAGAGGCGUGGCCUGAGAAUGACCACUCCCUCUGUCCAUCACCCGGCCCCUCCCCUGACCACAAACUAGCCUUGAAACCAGUCAGGGUGAAGCAAACUCCUCCUCCCCCCGUGGCUCCACCCCCUCUGGUCACUCCCGCACUGCAUGGCAUCCAAGGUAAACUGAGGAGCGCCGACUUCCAACACAACGGUGAUCUGGGUCUCAGGUUCAGGGAGCGUCCGUGUUCAGGUGGAGCUUUUGUCUCUGAUGAAGACGACCGUCUCUCUGUGAUGUCAUGGCGUUCCGCAGCCUCGUUCUCCGCGGCGUCCGGCGUCCUGGAGCGCGCUCUGAAGAGACGGGAGAACUUCUGGGGGAAGAGAUGACCCACCCCCUUGUCGCCAUGGAAACAGUGUGUUUUUUGUAGAGAGUUUGAAUAAAUUAGUUUAAUUAUUUUAAA